CCCAAGUUGCUUGCACACGACGUUCCCGCCGGCCAUGUUCCAUCUGUCGUCGCAGACCGUUCCCCACUGUCUGUCGUGGAAUAUCUCCACUCGUCCGCAGACUGACACUCCAUCACGAUUGUUCACCAAUCUCACCGCACCUUCUUGCUGUGCAAUAACCGCUCUCCAAACACUCUGAUACAAUAAUAGAGGAAUUAUUAUUCCUCGUAAGACUGUUUCUAGAUCCAUUUUCUGGUCUUCGGUGAUAGCUAAAACGAUAAACUUGGGCUCUUUUUGUUUGCCGCGCCAGAAAAAGAGCGCGCGGGUACGCAUGCGCACAACACGCCUGCUCACGUGAUUUUUGGCGCGGAUUUCCCUAAUUGAACUUUGGACCCCCAUCUUCAGCAGAGGUAUGGAAGAACUCUUCAACAAGUCCUUACCAGUGGUCAUCAAGCAAUCUGACCGCGACGAAAAACAAGCUCGGGUGGGGAUCACCAUCUUACUCCACGUGACAACCACACCUGUCCACAAGAAGGAGUUGAUUGUGAGAGUGACAGAUGAAAGUGACCCGUUCUUCCUGUUCAAUCUUUCACUAGGAGAAGCUGACUUUCAAGGGCUGAAGGUUCAGCAAGGUCUGCUGGUUGACUUUACUGCAUUCCCACAAAAGUUCAUUGACCUUCUUGACCUCUGUCUCUCUGAGGCCAACCAGGAGAGACCCAAGUUUCUGCUGCAUUUGUGGCUGGGAGGAGAGGAGCAGGGGUAUUCCCAGCUGGAGGUGGUGGAGACCAACCCGUUCCGUCACCUCACUCACCUCCAGUUGAGACUGGUCCCUGCCUCUGACACCUACCUCAAGAAAUACCUCGCCGACUGCCUCCUCUCGCUCAAGGUAGAGAAUGAGGAGUUGAAUGCGAGGCUGAUUUCCACCAAAUCUGAUCUGGCUGCUCAACUUGCUGAGUCUCAAACGAGCCUGAGCAGUAGAAGUCAGGAGCUGGAGAGGCUGAGAGGAGAAUGGUCCAGUCACUCGGCCCAGCUGAGCAGCCAGCACGCCGCCCAGCUGACCGCCGAGAGGGAGAAGAACCUGCACAGUCAGGCAGAGCUCCAGGCACGGCACGACAGGAAUAAGAGGGAGUUGGAACAGUCACAUGCCAGCAAGGUGGUAGGUCUGGAGGCGAGACUAGUGGAGUUGGAGGCGAGUCAGAAGGAUCUCACCGACCACAAGUACCGCUCACAGGCCGCCAUUCGGGAGCUGAAGUCAAAGCUCAAGACCUCUGAAGAGGAGUGUGCCAGGCUACAGGAGGAGCUGCAGUCUCUCCGUCGAGACAACGUGUCCCUGGAUUCGGGGCUCCACGAGAGAGAAAAGACGCUCUCCCAUCUCACCACCAGAGUCGCCGUCCUCGAACAAGAGCUCAAAGAUAAGGAACAGGUGUUGGGUCAGACGUCGGAGCUACUGAGGGCCAGUCAGGAGAGAGUGAGAGGAGGAGAGAGCUCUCUGGAGCAGACCCAGAGGAGACUGUCAAAGAUGGAGGCUGCCUUCAAGGCCACCUCUCAGGAGGUCCUUAAGGGGAAUGAGAUAAUUCACAAGUUCCAGAACGAGAUUCGUAACUUGAAGUCCAAGCUGAAGCUGAGGAACGUGGCGACCACGCAGCAGGAGAAGCUCCUGGGAGAGAAGGAGGCGUCUCUCGAGAGACAGGUGCAGGAGAACCAGGGCCUCUCUAGAUCCCUGGCCCAGAAAGAUGAGGAGAUCCAGAGGUUGGAGGAGUCACUGCAGGCAACUAGAGGUAAACUGGAGGAGAGCAGAGAGCUACUCAAGACCAAUGAAAACGUGAUUGGCUGGCUGAACAAACAGAUCAAUGAGCAGAUGAUGGGUGGGCGUGUCCCUCCAGCUGGCCCCGCCUCCCUCCCCUUCUCCACCAUCCGUCACUCAUCAUCACCCUUCACUUCAGCACCUCACAUUCCUCAGUUCAGCAGUACUCCAGCAAUGGGAGUGAAUAGCCCACUAAUGACGGGGGGUUACCUCCUGUCGUCCGGACUGCCCACUGCCGCAGGGACAGGGAUGGGAGAGGGAGGGGCAGGAGGAGAGGACGGCGACAGACAAGUUCUUGGUUCGUUGGCUGGUAAAGAAAACGCCAAACACCAGGUGGUGUUCAGGGGUGGAGCGGCCGGCAAGACCAUUGGCACACCAGCUGUACCCUCUCCCCUGUCUUCUCAUUCUCUGUCGGCAGCAGCACACGGCAUUGGCUCAAUGACAAGAUCUCCCACUACAUCCACUGGUGUAUAUGUACAUACGUCUCUGUGUAUAUAUGUAUGGAGAUGUUGAAUCUAUAGCCUUUUGUUUGUUUGUGUGUGUGUGUGUGUAGAUAUAGUCCCAUGGAUAGCGGCCAAAGUUGUUGAGAGCUGUGAAUGUGAAAGUGAACAAUGAUUUCCUGCCAAUUUGUGAACAGGAAUUGUAUACGCGAGUGGAAGAAGUAGAAGAAGAUGAACAAAACUUCCUAUCAUAGCCCCCAUACAUCUAUAGGUGUUUAGUGUAUGGUUGGUCUAGCAUGGAACCCUCGCACCAAACAAGCUAAAUGGAAGUUAGUAUGCCGAGGUGUAUACCAGAACACACUCUUGCGCCGUUUGCACAGAAGGUAUCAGAGGUUUCUAAUGGGAGGAUGUGUGUAGCUGGCAAUGCAUUUUGGCGAGAAAACACGAGUAGUUCAAUUCUUUGUGUUCGAAUUGUAAAGUAUUAUAGUAUGUGCAGUGCCCAUCACAUACUACAAUAGCUACAUUGAGACGACGUGGGCUCGCUAGCCACACAGAAACUUAGUGUACACAAAGUAUUAGGGUUCCCCCAAAUUAUGAAUCAAUCCUCGUUCACACUCCUAUCAGGUGGUGGAGUAAAGCGGAGUCCUGCAGGUCUCCCCAGACAAUCAUCUAAUGAACCCAGUCUGGACCCCAAGUAUCUCCCUCACCCUUCCUCCCUCCCGGAACCAACUCAAGCCCCGCCCAUUCCGACCUCUGUGACCCCCGGGGUACUGCGACCCCCAUCGGGGGGACGAGGGGGAAGAGGGGGGCGUGGCCGGGGAGGAAAAAGGGUCACAGAACAGCAGAUCCCUCUAACUUCAGCUUACUUCCCAAACUCAUAGCAAAAUGACUUAUUGUAAAGCUGUGUAGAAAAACAUGUUGUACAGAGGUGGAACUAGUAAGCCUGUGUUUGCCUUUUGUGUCUAUUGUGCAAUAUUGUCGAAAUUGUGUAUGUUUAAGCUGGUAAUAUCUAUUGACGCAGACAAG